AUGGGACAAUGGGAAGAAAGGACGAUGGUUUUACAGAGUUCAAAGGAAAGUGGGAGAAAUGAGGUUUGCAGGGAGGAACAGGAGACAAGAGACAAUAAUAUCAAGACUUAGGUUUGGACAAACUGGACUAAACAGCACAUUAUUCAAAAGAGGUCAACAUCAUACAGAUAAAUGUGACCACUGUAGCCAGGAAGAAACAACAGAGCAUGUAAUGCUGCACUGUCGAAAAAUAUGAGCAAGAAAGAAGGCAUCUUAUUCAAAAGCUCAGAAAGAAAAAAAAGUACAGUUUAAUCUAGUAGACAUUCUACAGAGGAACACAGAUAAUAUGAUAAUUAUAAUAAUAUAUUUAAUUUAGAGAGCACUUUUCAUUGCUAAAAGCAAUCUCAAAGUGCUACGGAGUAACACAAAAAUAAAUAUAGAAACAAUAAAUAGGUUAAAAAAAGAAAAAGAAAGAAAGAAAAGAAAAAAAUCAGUAGGUUGACAGAUGAAUGAUAUCAAGUCAUAUUUCAGUGUCUUAGACAAACAAAUGUAAUUGUGAAGAUAUAAUUUUUGUUUUGUUUGUUUUGUUUUGUUUUGUUUGUUUAUUAUUAAGUGUGUUUGUUUUCUUUGGUUAGCGAUGCUGAGCCACACUCCCCGCCAGUUGGUGGCGGUUGUGCGCCAAUUUGUUGUUUUGGCAACUGUCAAAAAAAAAAAAAAAAAAAUCCCAGAAGAAGAAGAAGUAGAAGAAGAAGAAGAAGAAGAAGUAGAAGGAGUAGAAGAAGAACGUUUUAGGGGGAAAAAACAGGAAAUUCUGUAGAAACGAAAAGUCUUGGGAAGUUUUCACGUCAAAGAUGGCCUGCUUUGAUAGCAAUAAGGGGAGUCUGGAGGAGGACAGCUUUGAUGGAGCUGUCGGCGGAGAGCUGUCCAGUUGUGCCUUGGCAAUGCUGGAGAAGGAGCGGGAAUCCCUCCUCAGCCCGUCAGAGGGCCCCGGGACCCUCAACAGCAGCAGCACCUCCACCAGUCUUCAGGCCGCCGACCCCGUCCAGGGCUACGACGUGGAAUUCGACCCGCACCUGGAGCCCAAAUACGAGUGCCCCAUCUGCCUCAUGGCGCUGAGGAACGCCGUUCAAACACCCUGUGGCCACCGCUUCUGCAAGAACUGCAUCGAGAAGUCAAUUCGUGACACGGGACAGAGAUGCCCUGUGGACAACGAAAUGCUCACAGAAGAUCAGCUGUUCCCUGAUAACUUUGCCAAACGGGAGAUUCUGUCACUGACGGUUCGCUGUCCAAACUCCGGCUGUGUUGACAAAAUGGAGCUACGACAACUGGAGAAUCAUUUGGCGCACUGUCAGUUUGCGACGGAGCCCUGCCCACAGUGCCAGCAGUCGGUGAGGAAGAGCCACUUAGAGGAGCACACGACUGUCGAGUGCCAAAGGAGACCCAUGUCCUGUCCAGAUUGUGUGGCCUGCUUUGUUUACGAGGACAGAGAGCUUCACGAGCAGCAGUGUCCCUUUGCCAACGUCAAGUGCCACUACUGUGAGAUGGAUCUCAUCAGAGACCAGAUUGAAUCUCAUUGUGAUACAGAUUGCCCCAAAGCACCUAUCGCCUGUAACUUCAGCACCUUUGGGUGCAAGGAAAGGAUGCAGCGCCACAACCUGGCUCAGCACAUGCAGGAGUUCACGCAGAUGCACAUGUGGUACAUGGCGGAGUUCCUGCGCGGCCUCAGCCUCAAUGGCACCGCGCCCAGAUCCCUGCGGGCGCACGGACCAUCUGCGUCGACCGAGGACCAGGGAGCCGCGGCGUCGGCGUCCGCCUCUUCCUCUGCCUCCGGGGGGCCCAGAGGAGCAGCGAGCUGCAGCGGCAGCUGUGCUCCGGCUCCGCCUCCGCCCAGCGAGGAGAUGCAGCGGCUCCGGGAAAUGGACGGACGGCUGGUGAAGCAGGAUCACCAGCUGCGUGAGCUCAUCAUCUUAAAAGAAACGCAGGCAGGCCAGCUUGCGGAACUCAGGCGCAGGGUGUCGACGCUAGAGGACACCGUUAAGGAGCUGGAGGCCCAGCAGUGCCGCGGCAUCUUCGUGUGGCGCCUCAAAGGUUUCUCCGCCCACCUGCGGAACCAAGAGGCCGGGCUGCCGGUGGUGGAGCACAGCCCCGGCUUCUACACGGGCUGCCCGGGCUACAAGCUGUGUCUGCGCUUGCACCUGCAGACGCCCAACGCGCUGCGCUGCUCCAACUACAUCUCGCUCUUCGUGCACACCAUGCAGGGGGCGUUCGACGCGCAGCUCACCUGGCCGUUCCAGGGCACCAUCCGGCUCGCCAUCCUCGACCAGGGCCCCGAGGGCCAGCACCACAUGGAGGUGAUGGAAACCAAGCCCGACCUGCAGGCCUUCCAGAGGCCCACCAUCCAGCGCAACCCCAAGGGAUUCGGCUACGUCACCUUCAUGCACCUGCACCAGCUGGGUCAGAAAGCCUUCGUCAAAGACGACACGCUGCUCAUCCGCUGCGAGGUGACGCCGCGCUUUGACAGUAUGCCUCACCGCGAGGGGCCCGCCGUGCAGCCUCGAGGACCCGAGGCAUCGGUUUGACGGGACUUGAAGUGGAACUUGGAAUCAUCAUCUUUACACUGAAAUAUAUAUAUAUAUAAAUAUAUUCCAAUACUGCUCGGUUCAUUUUAUUGGACGACAUCGGGAGGAGGAAGACCGAUGUUGACAAUGAUGUAAAAACUUGGAAAACCGCAAAUAUGCUAGUAUUUAUUUGCUUGCCGGCUUUAAAAUGUCAACAAAUUUUUUUUGAUAUGUUUUAACAGAUAAAUGCAGUACAAUCCUUUCUUUUUUUUUUUGAUAAUGAAAAUGUAUGUUCUAACCCACUAGGUACCAAUCGUGUAAAUUAUCAAUGUUUCAUCAGCUCGAGGUGACCAGUUCAAGAUGUAUUCAUGCUGCCUGUUGACUGAGCAUUACUAGAGACCUUGCUCUCUUCUCUUUUUUUUGGAGAUGGCACUAAAUGUUAAAGGAACCCUGUGGAGUUGUAGACCUCCUGGCUCCAUCCUCUAUUAGCACAUACGCGAGGAGCCACCGACGUGUACAGAGGCGUGUGGAGGACUGCAGAGGGCGGUGGUGCAAAGAAGAAGAAUGAAGACUUGGGUAGCAUUUUUUUGGUUUGUUGUCGUAGUGACUACGGUCGAAAAUUGUGAAAAACACGAUCUUUGAUCCAAAAACCCUUUUUCCUCGACCUUCAUGCAUAUUUUGAGACUGCAAGUUUCAGAAAAAAGUUUCAGAAAAGUCUGCUUUGUGUUGAAGGAAAUGCAUUCAACACAUUUGUUGGACCAUCAGAAACACGAGACUUGUAAACAUGUUGUGUCACAAGUUACACAAAAACCUUUUUUUGUUUUCACCCGUUAUUGUGUUGGUUUGCUUGUUUGUCAGCGGGAUUACGCAAAAACUACUGAACGGAUUUCCACGAAAUUUGGUGGACGGAUGGGACAUGGGCCAAGAAAGAAGCCCUCAAUUUUGGCGCAAAUCCAGAAUUUUUUUUUCAUCACGGUCCUCAACAUUGCUCGAUAUAGAGUUUGUUGACAUUUUUACCAAUUUUUUUAUUCAUGAAUCUCGAUGAAACAUAUCUAUGAGUGUGUGCAAUUCCCCAAAUGCCGAUCAUGAUUCCCAAUCUGCAUUGGGUUUUUUGAGCAUUGCUGUAAGGCUUGAAUUUUGAGAGACAUGGCGGAGGUUUUUAAAUCAAAGGUCAUUAAAAGAAUUAGGAAUAUCAAUAUACAAAUUCAUAUGCUCUCGUCAAAUUCAAGAUUCAGUGCUGCUGUUUUUUUCUGUUUGCGGUGUCACUGUGAAAUACACCCUCUGUCAACAUGGAGGAUUUCACUGUUUCAUCACCUCUUGUGGGGGUUUUUUUUGUGCUGAACACAUGAAAGCGAAGCAGGUUUGACACAAAGUUGCUCAUUCCGCUAUUGACAGAAUUCCCGGUGCCUUUCACACAAGCUCCUGCCAAAUGUGACUUUAGGAAAAAUAUGUAGAGAGUAGACCGACGUGACAGGUUUGUGUCUUUGCUCUAAAAUAACGUGCUGCCUCUUAAAUCUUCCUCAGAUGUAGAUGAUAAACUUUAAGCUUGCCUUAUUGUACUGACAUGAUUUGCCUGGUUACAUUGAAUGUGUUGUCAUGAAUCUCAGCAUGUGAUCUAAUACUGAUGGAAAUAGCCUUAAAUUAAAGCUAAGCAGAUCAACUAUA